CGCGAGAGCGUCAAAAGAUCGACAGAAAGCCAAAGCCGCCCACGGAACCAACCAAAGCCACCCCCGCCCGCCCGCCCGCGACGACCAAGCAGAGAGAUCGGCUCCUGCCUCCGCCCGCGCGCGCUCUCGUCGUCCCCCCUCCCUCUUCUCCCCGGCGGCGGCACCGCCGACGACAAGAAAUGGGGCUCCUGGAGCUCUUCAUCACGGCGUGCAUGCCCGUCCUCAACAUGCUCCUGGUUACUGGUGUUGGAUCGUUCUUGGCAACUGACUCCGCUGGGAUACUGGGGAAAGAAGCAAGGAAACACCUAAACUAUGUAGUGUUUUAUGUAUUCAAUCCAGCUCUUAUUGCAACCUAUCUGGCAAAAACGAUCACCAUGGAAAGCUUGGCCAAAUUGUGGUUCAUGCCGGUGAAUGUGUUCUUCACUUUCAUCUUCGGGUUGAUCCUCGGUUGGAUCGUCAUAAAAGUCACCGGGGCUCCCCUCAAGUUAAGAGGCCUCAUUUUGGGCUGCUGUUCUGCUGGCAAUCUGGGCAACAUUUUCCUCAUCAUCAUUCCAGCUCUCUGCAAAGAGAAGGGGAGCCCGUUCGGCACGCCUGAUGUUUGCCAGACUUACGGACUAGCCUAUUCAUCGCUCUCAUUGGCUAUUGGUGCCGUCUUUCUGUGGACGGGCGCGUAUAACAUUAUUCGUGCAAAUUCAAAUGUCACUGAAGGAGAUGGCAGCUCGCCUAUAACUCAAACAAAAGUCUUGGUUUCAGGAGGAACCAGAUGUGCAGAUUCAGAAGAUAAUCGAGAUCGUGUCGACGAAUGCACUCUGCCGUUGAUAUCAAAUCGAACCAAAACGAAGGUCCCAUUGAUGGAGAGAGCAAAAGGAUUUGUAUCGUCGGUUUCUGGAGCAAUUGAUCUGAGGAAGCUAUUUGCCCCUUCAACUAUUGGAGUGAUUAUCGGGUUUAUAAUUGGAGGAAUACCUCUGAUUAGAAAUGCUCUGAUCGGCGACGAUGCCCCUCUUCGUGUCCUUCGCGAGUCCGGUGAACUAAUAGGCGGAGCAGCCGUUCCAUCCGUCACGUUGAUCAUGGGAGGGAACCUCAUCACAGGGAUGCGCGGAAGGGCGAGCGUCCCGCCGUCGGUGAUCGCCGGCGUCGCGGUGGUCAGGUUUGUGCUGCUGCCUCUGGUGGGCACCGCGCUGGUGAAUGCCGCGGUCCGCUACGGCGUCAUCCGGCCGGACCCGCUGUACCAGUUCGUCCUCCUGCUGCAGUACGCCGUCCCGCCCGCCAUGAACAUCGGGACGAUCACGCAGCUGUUCGGCGUGGGGGAGAGCGAGUGCUCGGUGAUCUUCGUGUGGGUGUACGCGCUCGCGUCCGUGGCCGUCACCAUGUGGUCCGCGUUUUUCAUGUGGACGCUCUCGUGACUGAGUCUCUCCCGCGCCGCGUGCGACGGAGUAGAGUACAAUGGAAGGCCGACGAGGCGAGCCAAGAGCUAUACCCAUUCCAUCCAUGUCUCGAGGCUUAUGGUGAAUGGUGGCUGCCAGGCGUCGUCGGCGGGCUCGAGUGGGCGAGGCGACCGACGGCUUGGAGAGACUGAGUAGGUGGGGCAGAGAUCGCCUAGGGGUGUGUUUGGUUUAACAACGAAGUGAAAUGGAAUAUCAUGGUUCCAUUCCAAUGGAAUGGGUCGAUUUCAUCCUUCUGUUUUGUAGAAGCAAGUCCAAGAAGUAAAGUGAUUACAUAUUGAUGUUUGGUUUGAAAGAUGAAAUGAAGUGGAAUUGAUUUCU